AUGUUCAUGUUCGAUAAGCCCGCUGCUUCCAAAGCCGACACGUCCUUGGAACCGCAAGUGAUUGAUUUAAACACGCUCGAGUACCAUAACGUGUCUCCGGAAGCACCAGCAGCCAGAAAGCCUCGCUUCUGGUUCUGGCCAUUUGGCGGCAACAAAAGCGCCGGGGAAUCGACAGCUGUGUUGGGUUCUGAAACUGUCGCCACCAAGGAAAAGCACCUUAAGAAGAUUAACGACUCAACCAACAAGGUGAUUGCUAUGAGAAAGGUGCACGACGAAGGCAUUGAGUUGGAAGAUGACUUCAUUGACAUUCAAGUUCGCAAGCUUUCGUAUGCAGAGGUUGCCGCCCUUCAACUGAGGAAAGAUGGAGAAUUACCACCAGGCUCUUCUAAGAACGCGUCUUCAAGUGUUUCGCAUCUCGACCCUGUGGUCGAUCAAGAUUUGGAGCUCGAGAAAUCCAUCACUGAUGUUGAGCUUGCAGACAGCUACUCCAAGUCAAAGAAGUUUUCUCUGGACGAGAUCAGCCGCGCGGAAUCCACUUUGACGGAGGAGGAUCAGAUUCUCGAUGACUUCAACAAGAAGCUCCCUAAACGGUUUGCCAAGAAUGGCAAAUACAUGAAGAGGAGAGACAUCUCAGCAGCAAAAUAG